AUGAAUCGACAUAACAUUCUUCAUAUCUAUCUAUCUAUCUAUCUAUCUAUCUAUCUAUCUAUCUAUCUAUGUGUCUUAUCUAUCUAUCUAUCUAUCUAUCUAUCUAUCUAUCUAUCUAUCUAUGUGUCUUAUCUAUCUAUCUAUCUAUCUAUCUAUCUAUCUAUCUAUCUAUCUAUCUACGUGUCUUUAUCUAUCUAUAUAACUAUCUAUCUAUCUGUGUCUUAUCUAUCUAUCUAUCUAUCUAUCUAUCUAUCUAUCUAUUUGUUACUACUCCAUAUUCACAUUAAUAUCUAUCUAUCUAUCUAUCUAUCUAUCUAUCUAUCUAUUUACGAAGAAUCCGCCGGUUGUCCUUUCCAUUCUUCCUCUAGUCGUGAAGGUUUUUCUUUGUUGAUAUUGCUAGAUCCAAGAUAUACUUUUACUGACGAUCUAUUUAAGUGCCUAAAUAUCAAGUCUCUAUCAAUUUCUGUUUCGCACAUUUCGUAUUUGUCGGUCUUUGUACGAAUAUCAGCAUCUAUCUAUCUAUCUAUCUAUCUAUCUAUCUAUCUAUCUAUCUAUCUCAGUCUUUUCAUAUCUAUCUAUCUACCUAUCUAUCUAUCUCAAUCUAUUCAUCUAUCUCAGUCUGUUCAUAUCUAUCUCAGUCUGUUAAUAUCUAUCUAUCUAUCUAUCUAUCUAUCUAUCUAUCUAUCUAUCUAUCUAAGUCUGUUCAUAUGUAUCUAUCUAUAUACAGUGGAUCUGUUAAUAUCUAUCUAUCUAUCUAUCUAUCUAUCUAUCUAUCUAUCUAUCUAUCUAUCUAUCCUGCCUUCUCCUUCAUAUAUCUACCUCAGUCUGUUAAUAUCUAUCUAUCUAUCUAUCUAUCUAUCUAUCUAUCUAUCUAUCUAUCUAUCUAUCUAUCCUGCCUUCUCCUUCAUAUAUCUACCUCAGUCUGUUAAUAUCUAUCUAUCUAUCUAUCUAUCUAUCUAUCUAUCUAUCUAUCUAUCUAUCCUGCCUUCUCCUUCAUAUAUCUACCUCAGUCUGUUAAUAUCUAUCUAUCUAUCUAUCUAUCUAUCUAUCUAUCUAUCUAUCUAUCUAUCUAUCCCGCCUUCUCCUUCAUAUAUCUACUUCAGUCUGUUAAUAUCUAUCUAUCUAUCUAUCUAUCUAUCUAUCUAUCUGUCUGUCUGUCUGUCUGUUUCUGCUCGUAUCUUCAUAUUUCAUUCUAUCUAUCUUCAUUUAUACGGUCCAGGAAAAGAUCUAGGCCAAAUAGGUACAAACUAG